AAUGAAAUUCUAAAUUAUUCAUAACUUUAUAAAGAAAUAAUAAUAAUUUUCAAAUAUCUAUAAAAUUAUUAUGGAGAAAAUAAAAAUAUUAUUCCAAUUCAUCUUUCAUAUACAACGCUGUUGUGUAAAUAUUCGCUCUCUCAAAACGCCAACAUCCAAUUCGUAUAUUUUGCAGCAACAAAAAUGUAAACAAACAAAAAUUUUUUCGUCGAAAGAGAACGCAGGCGCAGUGAAUACAAAUCUUCUUCCUUUGUGUUGUUUCUCCAAUUUGACGUUUUUCAUUCUGGCUCCAAUACACAACGACCGACUUCAUUGUAUGUAAUUGAAAAUAGCGCAAAUUCAGUGGAGCAGCAUAGCAGAGAAGUCAAAUUGAUUGUGCCAGUGGUAUACGUGGAGGACAGAUCAAUCGUUUUUGGCUAGAGCCAAGUUAGGAAGUUGCAAGUAUGCUGAAUUUUUUCAAAGACGUAAUGGCUCCAACAACGCGUAGCGUGAAAUCUGAAGACAAUAAAGAUGGUGGUGUUUGCGGUAAAAUUGGAAUCACAGAAAAUUGUGCACAAAAACCCACUGCACCGCCACAAAUCAAAGGCUACAAAAUAACAGACAACGAACGUACUAAAAAAUACGGCAUUGGUGCAAAUUCACUACAGAUACUAAAGGACAAGGCGAAAUUAAAGUUUCCUAUUAAAGACUUAAGGUUGUAUAUUUCUACUGAUGGCUUUGAAGUAUCGGACGAAGAUUACUUUCAAACAUUGGCAGCUCAAACGCUUUUCAUUGUGGCUGGACCGGAUGAGAUCAUAACAACAGAUGCCGACUUUGAAUUCGAAAAACUGCGUCAAAACUCACCCUUACUCCGUGUUGCCGAUAUCAUAUAUGAAUUCAUUGAACAAAACCCCGAACAAUUUCGCAAAAUGAUUACAGAUUAUGAAAAUCGUAAAAUCUGUCGUCAACAAGCGCUCGAAAGCAAUAAACAGGCAUUACAUAGUAAAACCGAGCUAAGUCUGCGUACGCAACAUAGCGAAUGGUUUGAGGGACAAGAGGAACGUUGCAAUUCCAAGGAGGAGGCCAUGGCACGGCGUGCACAAGAUCGCAUGCGUAGCUACUACUACAAAACGAAGGAGGAACUAACACGCAAUAAACUGUAUCGUCAAAAUCUAAAAGCACGCCACACAAUCGAUGCUGUCUUAGAGCAAUUUCGUUAUCUGCUAAUCGGUUGUGAUUACUUCUCCAUGCUGUUCGAUCGCAAGUGUCCGAAAAAACAUGCACUACUGCAACAACAACUCGACGAUGAAACAGAUGCCAGCGCAAUGCUGCCAAAUAAGCGCCUGCGUCAGGUCAUCAAAGAGUAUACAGCACGCCAUCAAAUACUGGACGAAUGGUCGGUGUCACUCUGCACUGAGCUUGGCGAUUUCUACUGUCAAGGCAGCUACUCGGAUAACGGUAAUUGUUGCACGCUCAAGCACACCAUCAAUCCAUAUGCAUCGCGUGAAAAUCUCAUACUCUUCCAAGUGUGGAAUUUAGAUCAUCAAAUAGAGUUGGCACGUUCCAUAUUGCCGGCGUUAAUUGAGAAUGUGCGCGAACUAGUGGAGCAGCCGCAACGCAAGUGCAAACUACAUAAUAAGCGCGUUAUUGAUAUUUCUGUGUUAGAGUACUUUUUGGAAAUAUUCUCGUUGAAAAAUUUAAAAUUAGUGCACAUUGUGUGUCAUGACAAAACGCAGCGCGCAAAUAAAUCCAAUGGACGGCUGGUGUGUGCGCAAUGUCAUGAAUAUAAAAUCGUGCAAGAAUUAAUGGGUGUUAAGCAGCAGGAUGAAGUGGAUGCCGCAAGUUAAAGAAUUUACAAGAUUAAUGUGCGUGUUUAAAGGUAUGAAGUGUUUUAUUUAAUAAAAGUAGUGUCAGUGUAGAAAAUUUGAGAGUGGCCAAAUCAGCAUGUUUGACGUGAAAUUAAUAUUUUCUUCUAUGCUUUCACAGCAACUUGCGGUACUUUUCUAUAAAAAAAGUUUGCAUAUAAAAUGAACUGUAAAAACUUAGCUUCCAAUUCUGUCUUAUUACUUAAAUAACUUAAACUACUUACUGACUAAGUCAAAUUUGCUAGUAAAUUCUAACCUAUACAUUUUCAAAAACUGAUUUAGAAAUAAAUUAUUGUACGCUUGAGUGCAAUUAAGCGUAUAUUAAACUCUAAUAAACUGGCAAUAGUUAAAAAACAUAAAUAUAUAUUAUAAAUAAAUAAUAAAUUAAAGUUACUAAAGAUUAAAAGCCAAUUAAAAAUAAAAUAAAAAAUAAUUAAUAUAAACGAAUAUAUACUACUAUAAACUACAGCAUACAAUAUUCAUAUGUACAAAUAUAUACAAAAAAAAAAUAAAUAAUAUAUAAAGUAUACUAACACAAACAUAUAUUUUAAAGUAAUCUAAAAGUCUACCAAAAGCUAAAUGCUAUACUGCGUAAUAUAUUUACAAUAUUAUAAUGGAAAAAACUGCUAAAAGUUUUGUGCUUGACAACUACCAAACGUAUUUACAAAUAUCCGUACCAAAUUACGUGCUGCAGUUAACAAAAAAUCUAAAAUUAAGCAAUGAUCUCUGCAACAACAAUAGCAAAUGCAACUGAAUAUAUGUAUAUAAAUAUAUAAAUUACUGUUUAGUAUAUACAUACAUAUAACUUACUAUAAAAAUAGACUUACUAUAAAAAUAGACUUACUAUAAAAUAAUAUGCUGAAAUGUAGCUUGUUGCGUAGUUGAUAUAUUAAAUGCGUAAAUUAUAACGCUUUAUAGCUUUUAAACACACAUUAGCAUAUAUAUUUACAAAAUUAUUGUUGUUAUAGUAAUGCUAUAUACUAUGUAUUGUUGCUAUGUAGUCGCCAUAUUCUACUAUGUAGUAGUGUUAUUGUUAUAGUUGUAAUUCUAGUUGAGACUUUCGUAGAGUAGUUGCUGUCAAUAAUAUGCUUGCUGAAAGCGCAAUUAAUGAGUACGAUAAUAGUAAUAAUUUACAAAAAAUUAAAGAAAAAAAAAAACAAAAGUAACUCUAUUGAAUAUAGAACUUUUAAAAUUGUUGAAAGAAACAGGCUGGACCUGCUAAAAAGGGGAAAAUAUAUAUAUAUAAUCAUUCAAAUUUGAACAUAACCUAUAAAUUGUGGAUAACGAUACAUAUAACUGAGCUCAAAAUUUAAAUAAUUUCAUAAGUUGGAACAUAACCUAUAAAUUGUGGAUAACGAUACAUAUAACUGAGCUCAAAAUUUAAAUAAUUUAAUUAAUUUGAACAUAACCUAUAAUUUGUAGAUAACAAUAUAUAAAACUCAAUUUCAAAUUUAAAUAAUUUGAGCCAUAAAAUUGUCUGAAUUUUAUAAAUAUUCCUUCCUCGUUGCCAAUUGAAAAUAUUUCCAUUUACAUUUUAAGGUUUGUUAUAGUAUUUGUUGUAAAAACUAAAAUAACUCUUACUACCCGUAACAAAUUUGUCUCAAAAAUAUAUUGUUGGAAUUCCCAGAAAUGCCAAAUGUAUAACUAUAUAUUCCAAAAAAUAGUAUAAUGAUUAAUUCUUACUAAAAUCAAAAUCUACAAAAAUUGCGAUCGAAUAAUCCAAUCCAAUAUAAUCACAGCACUGCAAAACUUAGCAUAUAUCUAGGCGCACUCAUUAAAAAGUUUAAAAUUUGAUUUGGUAAAUUCCAAAACUGUAUACAAUCCUGAAAAAUCUGAGAAACAUUAAACUAACUUUUUAGAAUGCAUCCUGUGUGUCCUAAAUACUUGCCGCUCUUUUUCGAAAAUUAAAAAAAAAAAUACUAUAUUUAAUUUGAAAAACUAGAAUUUUGAAUUUUUUAGUUAAAACAGGUUUUCAGUGGUCACCUAACAACUGGUUUCCUCAAGCAAACUACUUCAACUUAAAAAUGGUUUUUGAACUGGUUUCAAUACCUAUAACAAAGCAUGUAUAUGAAGGUGCCAAAAUCUUAUAAGAAGUUUGCACUAUUUAAGCAUUUAAUUUCAGCAAAAAAAUGUUUUAUUCGAACUAAACAAAUAAAAAAUAAAUUAUAUAAUUUUAAGCCUUUCAAUGCCUUUACUAACUAAGCAAAUUGAAUAAAAUUCUAAAAAAAAUAUAGUUUUAAAUAUUUUAAAUGAUUUUUUAAGCAAUUAAUUUACAGUUUAAUCAAAUUUUGAAAAAAAAAACUAUUUCUAUAUCUAAAUUAUAGUUUAAUCUGAACUAUAUUAUACAUAUAAUAUGUAAACUCAAGUUAACAAUAAACUGGAAAAAAAUAACUAA